AUGUUGUCUCUCAGGGUCGGCAGUAAUACAAGGACGGAAGCCAAGCCGCAUGAGCAGGAAUGGUACCUGUACAAGCACAUCGAGACUGAGCAGCACGAACUGGCCCACGAAUACGCCGAGCCAGGCUCUAUUCUGCCCGCCUUAUCGGUCAAGUGCAGGGCAGCCCGCCGACCUGCCUACUUCAUAUGGAACAUUUUUCUUGUCACAGUAAGUGUCAUUACUCUGAGCUGA